AGCAGUUAUUGAGUAGACUUGAGAAGACAGAUAGCAUUUUAUGAGUUGGGUUGUUUAAAAGAAACAGAAUGAUGCUGUUGUUCACCAGAAAGAUAGAGUAUCGGAGUAUGUAUUUUUCAUUGUUCUGCACCUUCAUUUCAGGGGCUUCUGCUAAUUGUGGAAGCCGCAAAGCAGCUUUUAACACAAGAAUUGUCGGAGGCCAAGAUGCAAUGCUUGGAGAAUUCCCUUGGCAGGUUUCUCUGCAGAAAGGCACAUCUCAUUUUUGUGGAGCAACAAUCAUUAGCGAACACUGGCUCGUGAGUGCAGCACACUGUUUCCCAUCUCCUGCAUAUGAGAUUGUUAAUGCAGUUGCAGGUACUGUUGAACGUACCAAACCAGGACAAACAGUUACAACUGCUAAGGUUAUUAAACAUUCUAAUUACAACACCAAGACCUUUGAUAAUGACAUAGCACUUGUGCUGCUGAAGGAACCGCUGGCAUUCACUGAUGACAUCAAACCUAUUUGCUUCCCUGAUGAUCAAGACAUGGAUGUAGAAACAAUGGCAGUUUGCUGGGUGUCUGGAUGGGGCUUAACAAGUUCAGACAGUAAAUCCUCUCCAGUGAAACAGCAGAAGCUGGAUAUGCGAGAAGAUCCUGACUGUGACUGGGAAUUAACACCCAACAUGCUGUGCAUGGCAAAUGAUGAUCCUGCACGUACUGGAUGCAAGGGAGACAGUGGAGGACCACUGGCAUGCCAAGACAGGAAAACAAAGGUCUGGAUUCUUGCAGGAGCAGUCAGCUUUGGUAGUCAUCAAUGUACAGGUGCAACUGUUUUUACCAGAAUUUCCAACUACAUCAACUGGGUUAAACACAAAACAGCUGAGUCAGGAAGACCUUUCAUCCCCGUUGUCAGUAAAGAAACACAAGUGAAUAAUGUAGCACCUGUUUAUGUGCCAAAGGUUGAGACCAUUCCACAAGCAGUCCCAGUCCCAAGACCCUACACCUUUGUGCCACCUAAUUCUGGCCAGUUACGGAGUUUAUCCAAUGCAGGUAACCUAACAUCUGGCAGCCUGAUUUUUGUUUCAUGGUUAUUAGUUUCCUACUACAUCAGCAUGGUUUCAUAUUACUUCAGUAUGAGUUAAAAAAUCAAGAACUGUCUACAGACACUUAAUAAAAUGAUUUACACAGUAUUUCCACAGUUUUUAAGAGCAAGUUUUAAUUAAGUAUAUUUCAUUUGCUUUAUGUAAACUGAUAAAAUUCUUACCUAAUAAUGGUGAAAGAAAACAUGGCCAACUUUGUCUUUCAUUGUUUUCCCAUGCUUGAGUGCAGUCGGUCAUGGUGUUGAAACAAUACUACUGGCCACUAUAACAUUUAAUAACCAGAGUAACAUAAUCGCAGACUAGUCAGUGUUAGCAAUGUUAAAAUAUUUAUCAAAGCCAAAUGUCAUGUUCACUAUUGAAACAGACAUUCUUCCAUAUAAUAAGUGAACAACAAUG